GGAAUGGCGGCUUGCGAGGCGUUCAGUUUCCCUGGCUUCUGAGGCGACGGAUGUGGGGCAAAUAGGGGAGUGGUGGGGCCGCGAAGACCCCCUGGGCGGCGUGAGAGUUCCCUAAGCCUGUGAUGGAAGACGCCAGUGAUGAGGGUGAGGCCUCAAUUCAUCGGCUAGAAGGCAUUGACCAAGAGACACAGGUUGGUGGUCUCAUUUGCAAGACCAAAAGUGCAGCUAGUGAGCAGCAUGUUUUCAAAGCCCCUGCACCUCGUCCCUCAUUGCUGGGAUUAGAUCUGUUGGCUGCAUUAAAACGGAGGGAACGAGAGGAAAAGGAUGAUGGGGAAGACAAGAAGAAGUCCAGAGUCUCUUCGUACAAGGACUGGGAGGAAAGCAAGGAUGAUCAGAAGGAUUCUGAGGAGGAAGGGGGUGACCAGGCCAGCCGAAGCAGCAGGAAAGACAGACAUUAUCGAGCUGCCCGGGUAGAGACACCAUCACAUCCUGGUGGUGUGAGUGAAGAGUUCUGGGAGCGCAGCAGGCAAAGAGAACGGGAAAGACGGGAACAUGGUGUCUAUGCCUCCUCCAAAGAAGAAAAGGACCGGAAAAAGGAGAGAACUCGGGAUCGAGACUAUGACCGGAAGAGAGAUAGAGAUGAGCGGGACAGGAGUCGGCACAGCAACCGAUCAGACCGAGAUGGAGGCUCAGAACGGAGCAGCAGGAGGAGUGAACCAGAGAGCCCAAGACACCGACCCAGAGAUGCAGCAACCCCUUCACGCUCUAAUUGGGAAGAAGAGGAUAGUGGAUAUGGUAGCUCCCGACGUUCUCAGUGGGAAUCACCCUCCCCAGUACCUUCCUGUCGGGAUUCUGAGAGGAGUCACCGGUCUUCUUCUACUCGAGAUAAAGAAAGGUCUGUGAGGAGCAAGUGCCCAGAUGACACACCUCUGCCUACCCCAUCAUAUAAGUACAAUGAAUGGGCUGAUGACAGAAAACACCUUGGGUCUACCCCUCGGCUUUCCAGAGGCCGAGGGAGGCGAGAAGACGGAGAGGAUGGAAUCUCUUUUGACACUGAAGAGGAGAGGCAACAAUGGGAAGAUGACCAGAGGCAAGCCGAUCGGGACUGGUACAUGAUGGAUGAGGGAUAUGAUGAGUUUCAUAACCCACUGGCUUACUCCUCAGAAGACUAUGUGAAGAAACGAGAACAGCACCUGCACAAACAGAAACAAAAACGCAUUUCAGCCCAGCGGAGACAGAUCAAUGAGGACAAUGAGCGCUGGGAGACUAACCGCAUGCUAACUAGUGGUGUGGUCCAUCGGCUGGAAGUGGAUGAAGAUUUUGAGGAAGAUAAUGCAGCCAAGGUGCAUCUGCUGGUGCAUAAUCUGGUGCCACCGUUUCUGGAUGGGCGCAUUGUUUUUACCAAACAGCCAGAGCCUGUGAUUCCAGUCAAGGAUGCCACUUCUGACUUGGCCAUUAUUGCUCGAAAAGGCAGCCAGACAGUACGCAAACACAGGGAACAGAAGGAGCGUAAAAAGGCCCAGCACAAGCAUUGGGAACUGGCUGGUACCAAAUUGGGAGAUAUUAUGGGCCUCAAGAAAGAGGAAGAACCAGAUAAGCCUUUGACAGAAGAUGGCAAAGUAGAUUACAGGACAGAGCAGAAAUUUGCUAAUCAUAUGAAGAAAAAGAGUGAAGCCAGCAGUGAGUUUGCAAAGAAGAAGUCAAUUCUGGAGCAGAGACAGUACCUGCCCAUUUUUGCAGUGCAGCAGGAGCUGCUCACCAUCGUCAGAGACAACAGCAUUGUGAUAGUGGUGGGGGAGACAGGGAGUGGAAAGACCACUCAGCUGACUCAGUACUUACAUGAAGAUGGUUAUACAGACUAUGGCAUGAUUGGCUGUACCCAGCCCCGACGGGUGGCUGCCAUGUCAGUAGCCAAGAGAGUCAGUGAAGAGAUGGGAGGAAGCCUUGGAGAGGAGGUGGGUUACGCUAUCCGCUUUGAGGACUGUACUUCCGAAAACACUGUGAUAAAAUACAUGACAGAUGGGAUCCUGCUUAGAGAGUCCCUGCGAGAGGCCGACCUGGAUCAUUAUAGUGCCAUUAUCAUGGAUGAAGCCCAUGAGCGUUCGCUGAACACAGAUGUGCUGUUUGGGUUGCUUCGAGAGGUAGUAGCUCGGCGCUCAGACCUGAAGCUUAUUGUCACUUCAGCCACUAUGGAUGCGGAGAAAUUUGCUGCUUUCUUUGGAAAUGUUCCCAUCUUUCACAUUCCUGGCCGAACCUUCCCCGUUGACAUCCUCUUCAGCAAGACCCCUCAGGAGGAUUACGUGGAGGCUGCAGUGAAGCAGUCCUUGCAGGUGCACCUCUCUGGGGCUCCAGGGGACAUCCUCAUCUUCAUGCCCGGACAAGAGGACAUUGAGGUGACCUCGGACCAGAUCGUGGAACAUCUGGAGGAACUGGAGAAUGCUCCUGCCCUGGCUGUGCUUCCCAUCUACUCCCAGCUGCCCUCUGACCUCCAGGCCAAGAUCUUCCAGAAGGCUCCAGAUGGCGUCAGGAAAUGUAUUGUUGCCACCAAUAUUGCUGAGACUUCACUGACUGUUGAUGGCAUCAUGUUUGUUAUUGAUUCUGGCUACUGCAAACUAAAGGUAUUCAACCCCAGGAUUGGGAUGGAUGCUCUGCAGAUCUACCCCAUUAGCCAGGCCAAUGCUAACCAGCGAUCUGGGAGAGCUGGGAGGACGGGCCCAGGUCAGUGCUUCAGGCUCUACACCCAGAGUGCAUAUAAAAAUGAGCUCUUGACCACGACAGUACCUGAGAUUCAGAGAACUAAUUUGGCCAAUGUCGUGCUGCUGCUCAAAUCUUUAGGGGUCCAGGACUUGCUUCAGUUCCACUUUAUGGACCCACCCCCAGAAGACAACAUGUUGAACUCCAUGUACCAGCUCUGGAUCCUGGGGGCCAUGGAUAACACAGGCGGUCUUACGUCCACUGGGCGACUGAUGGUAGAGUUUCCCCUGGAUCCAGCCCUCUCUAAGAUGCUGAUUGUCUCCUGCGACAUGGGUUGUAGCUCUGAGAUUCUGCUGAUUGUCUCCAUGCUCUCAGUCCCAGCCAUAUUCUAUAGACCUAAGGGCCGAGAAGAGGAGAGUGAUCAAAUUCGGGAGAAAUUUGCUGUCCCUGAGAGUGAUCAUUUGACCUACUUGAAUGUGUACCUGCAGUGGAAGAACAAUAAUUACUCCACUCUGUGGUGUAAUGAACACUUCAUCCAUGCCAAGGCCAUGAGGAAGGUUCGAGAGGUGCGGGCCCAACUGAAGGACAUCAUGGUGCAGCAGCGAAUGAGCUUAGCUUCCUGUGGCACAGACUGGGACAUCAUAAGAAAGUGUGUCUGUGCUGCCUAUUUCCAUCAGGCAGCCAAGCUAAAGGGAAUUGGGGAGUAUGUGAAUAUCCGGACGGGGAUGCCUUGCCAUUUGCAUCCUACCAGCUCUCUCUUCGGAAUGGGGUAUACUCCAGACUACAUUGUAUAUCAUGAAUUGGUCAUGACUACUAAGGAAUACAUGCAGUGUGUGACUGCUGUGGAUGGGGAGUGGCUAGCAGAGCUGGGCCCCAUGUUUUAUAGCAUUAAACAUGCAGGCAAGUCACGCCAGGAGAAUCGCCGCCGGGCCAAAGAGGAAGCAUCUGCUAUGGAAGAGGAGAUGGCAUUGGCUGAAGAGCAGUUGCGAGCGCGGCGGCAGGAGCAGGAGAAGCGUAACCCCCUGGGCAGUGUGAGGUCUGUGAAGAUCUACACGCCUGGGCGGAAGGAGCAAGGGGAGCCUGCUAGCCCUCGCCGGACCCCAGCCCGCUUUGGACUCUGAGCCAGUGCUGGAUCCGUGGAAGGCCCAUAGUACCCAGGAACCAGUGCUGAGCUUCCUCGCAGGCCUGUUGGUGGCUGUGAAUGAAACUUGUAUUGACUGGUGUUUCUUGCUGAGAUCCAAGAUCAGAAAGCAUGGUUGUCUUUUGGUGGCUUAAUGACACUUUUUCAUCGACCUCUUUCCUCUGGCAUGUUGGCAGGGUGACUCCUUCAGGGCUGAGGAAC